CCCCACAGCCCCACUGACUGACAGAACAGACCAGGAGGUGGAGGAUCACACAGACAACUUGUCUCCAAUAGAUCAAAUGGCUGACAUGCACCAAACCAGGAGUCAGAAAUGGAAAGUGGUUUUGAUCAUCCUGUGUCUGUCUGUCACAGUAUCUGUCACACGGUCUUCCCCAUUGGUGACUUUCAGGACCAACUCUACUCAAGCUCACUCCCUUCCUCCCCCUGUUCCCUCUACCUGCCCUCUUCACACAGCCAAUGAGACUAUAACACCAGUCAAGGGUUCAACUCAUCUAAUGGUGUCUGCAUACCAGGACCACAGGGAAAGGGGAGCCACGCGCAUCAUUGCCAUGGUCAACAGAGACCGACCCAUGUCUCUGUACUGUGUGUUGUGCUGCUCAGGACACGCCCCCCAGGUCGCUCCAGCUGCUGUCGUAACGCACAGCGUCCACUAUGGUUACCCGUAUGUGGCCGCAGACAUGCUUUGCCUCGAAGAACCAGGAUGCAACGCCACACACGUCACUCUUGGCACAUCCUCGACAUCCAGGACACCCUCAACCAGACAUUUCUGAGCAUCCAGAACCGGGAGAGACGGGAGGAGGACUUCCCCUUUUACCUCACCGUGUGCAUGUCCAGCAUGUUUGGAGACUACAACAACGUCCAACAGUUUGUCCAGACCAUGGAGUUUUACAAGCUCCUGGGGGUGCGGAGGGUUGUCCUCUACCUCACCAGCUGUGGACCUGACCUGGAGAAGGUCCUCCAGUACUACGCAGAGGAGGGCACUCUGGAGGUGAUUGGCUGGCCCAUCAACCACUUCCUCAAGCCCUCUACUGGGUGGAAGGCCCAGGAGCUGGAAGGGGAUAUUCACCUCAACGGCCAGCUGACCAUCAUGAACGAGUGCAUCUACAGGAACAUGUACAGGUCACGGUACGUCCUCCUGGCUGACGUUGAUCAGCUCCUGGUCCCGGCCUCACACAGCUCUCUUCUGCCCCUCAUGGAGGACCUGCAGGGGCAGCACCCCGACGCAGCCGUGUUCCUGAUGGAGACGCACCUCUUCCCUGCCACAGCCGGUACUGCUACGCAAGACCAUUCCGCACGGAGAAGGGCGCCGGGGUGGAUCUGCUGGACUACGUCUACAGAGAGCUUGUUCCUGAAGACGCCUUCCGCUCCUACAAGAUGGUGGUCAACCCCCGUCUGGUGCUGCAGACGGCCAUGUUUGAGGUGA